AAAAAUAGUCCAUUGUAAAUUCGUGGGUACGACGAAGCGGAAUUAUCAAAGUCUAUUAACCCAUCUCCAUCUCCAUCUCCAUCUCCAUUCCUCCAAAUCUGAGAAACAAAACAAAAAAAAAAAAAAAUGGGAAUCUUUCUAAAGCUCGUAGAUUUCACCUUAUUCUUAUUCUUCCUCUUAAUAACAAUCGUAGCACCAUUGAUAGAUGCACAAACAUGUCUUCCUCUAUCUUACUUUCCUGAAAUUCUUGUCAACGUGAAAACAUGGUACACAAAUGAAUAUGGUGAUUAUCUUGUUGCUGAGAAGCCUCAUUUCUUCGUUGGUCUUGUUUGGCUUGAACUUCUCUUUCAAUGGCCUCUUGCUGUUCUCAAUGUUUAUGCUAUUUUGUCUUCUAAGGGUUGGUUUAAUACCACUUGCUUGAUCUAUGGUGUUUCUCUCUCCACUUCUAUGGUUGCUGUACUAUCAGAAAUGAUGGGAUCCAAGAAAGCAUCUGAGAAGCUAUUGACAAUGUAUUUCCCUUUCAUGUGUUUUGGUAUUUUAGCAACUCUCAGAGGGUUGCUGGCAACUUCCUCCAAGUCUGCUUCAGCUUUUGGCAAGAGACCAGCAAUGGCGAGGAAAAAACGAGCUUGAAACAGUUGUUAUUGAAUCAAACUUGAGAAAAUUGAAAGAGAAGCAGAGUUGUAGGUUUGAAGGGAUGUAGCAUGCAAAUAUCCCCUCCUCUCCUCUAACCACAUUUUAGUCCUUUUUAGUGUUGAUUUAGUAUUUAUUUGAUUAAUUUACAUUUUAGUUGUUGCGAUUGUUAGGGUUGGUCAGUUUAGUACCUCAAAUUUGCAAAAUAGCAACUUAGUCUCGUAAAUUAAACAAUGUCGGUCAAUUUAGUCAUUUUGCCAAAUUUAACACUAAAAUGUUUGUCUUUCGUUAAUUUUGACAGAUGUUUAUAAAAGAGAUAUUUUGAUGGCGCGACUAAAUUGAUUGACUUUCUUUUGAGACUAAUUUGCAAUUUGUAAACUUUGGACUAAAUUGCUCGACCAUUACAAUUUUUGAGUACUGAAAUGAUUUUGAUUAAUUCUUUGGGUGCCCUUUUGUGAGCUAUUUGAGUAAAAGAUUUUGUUUUAUGUAUACAUCGAUUUCCAUUAUUUGAUUACUUUGCCAUGAUAAGAAAUGAAUGCUUACUGUUAAAUGAUUA